CCGUCGAUUCUCUUGACCACUUUUCAUCGUCGAGUCCACAAUAUGGCAGGUCCAAUCGGCGCGGGCGUCCGACCCAUCAUCUUCGUCUGUGACAUCCAGGAGAAAUUCCGCAAUCCAAUCCACGAAUUUCCUUCAAUCCUCGCGACAACCCAAAAGGUCCUGAAAGCAAGUCAAAUCCUCAACAUCCCCGUCGUGGCGACAACCCAACUCCGGGCCAAACUCGGCGAGACCUGCAGCGAGCUGAACCUCGACCGCGAAGACGACAACGAUGCCUCCAGCAUCAAAACCCUCGCGCACGUCGACAAAACGCUCUUCUCAAUGUGGACGCCCGAAGUCCGAUCCGCCCUCGAGUCCCUCUCACCGUCGUCCUCGACGGGGGAAGCACACGCCGUCGCCAUCCUCGGCAUCGAAACCCACAUCUGCGUCACGCAGACCACCCUAGAUCUCCUGCGCGCCGGCCACAGCGUCUACGUGCUCGCGGACGGCGUCUCGAGCUGCAACCCCGGCGAGAGAAAUGUCGCGUUGGCGAGGCUGAGACAGGCGGGCGCCGUGGUCACGACGUCGGAGAGCUGGCUGUACGAAGUCACGAGGGAUGCGGCGAGGACGGAAUUCAAGCAGGUUGCGGGACUGGUGAAGGAGUGGAGUGGGAGGACGAAGGAGGCGGUGGAGAAACUCUGUGUGACCUAGAGAGGAAUUGCGGGUAUGUAUAAACUGGAGCGGAGCGCCUGGAGGAUCGUUCUUUGGGCGGGUAUCGUGUUGCGACGUUGAUGUUUGGACUUGUUGUUCCUGUGAUGGGCUUUUCCUCUAUUGUCAUCUAUGGUGAUGAGAUUGCUCCUCAUCAUCCAUAUUUGCACAUACAGAGGGAGUAUGGAAAUGGAAAUCGGGGAAAUGCCCCCAUUAUCAACUGGUCGGGGGGGCGAUGAAAUAUACCUACCUAGGUAGGUAAGAUCAUCGGUCAGGCAGUGCACGCGUGCUGGCGUAAUGUACCCUGAUUAUUAUCUGCCAGCGACGAUGCACGACCGUUGAGCGGGCGAUAUUCCCCCAUUCCCACAAAGCACAACCUUAUUUCUUUCCCUUGCAUCUUGGAAUGGAACCCUUUUUCCCGACU